GGAGGCGUGGAGGGGCUGCCGGGGCGUCGGGUUACGUCUCCGCCUUCCUCAGCCUCGGGCCGCGGAGCCGCUCGGCUUGCGGGACGGCAGUUCGGGAUCAUGUGGAGCGCGGUCCGCCGGAGCGGGGCUGCGUGGACGCGGGCGCUGCUGCUGCUGCAGCUGCUGCUGGCUGGGCCCGGGGGCUGCCUGAGCCGCCAGGAGCUCUUUCCCUUCGGCCCCGGCCACGGGGACCUGGAGCUGGAGGCCGGGGACGACCGCGUCUCCCCAGCCCUGGAGCUGAGCACACCGCUCCGCUUCUUCGACAGAUCCGACAUCAACUCGGUCUACGUCACCACGAAUGGCCUUAUUGCCGUGAGUGAACCCCCCGCCGAGGAAUCCCAUCCUGGGCUCUUCCCACCGACCUUUGGAGCUGUCGCCCCUUUCCUGGCCGACCUGGACACGACAGACGGCCUGGGGAAGGUGUAUUACCGGGAAGACUUAUCCCCCGCUGUCCUUCGGCUGGCGGCAGAGUGUGUCCAGAGAGGGUUCCCAGAAGUCUCUUUCAAGCCCAGUGGCGUGGUGGUUGUCACUUGGGAAUCCGUGGCACCCUACCAAGGACCCAGCGAGGACCCUGCCCAGGAGGAGAAGAGAAACACGUUCCAGGCGGUUCUGGCCUCGUCCGAGUCCAGCUCCUACGCCAUCUUCCUUUAUCCUGAAGAUGGUCUGCAGUUCCAUACGACCUUCUCCAAGAAGGAUGAGAACCAGGUUCCCGCGGUGGUCGCCUUCAGCCAAGGUUUAGUGGGAUUGAUAUGGAAGACGGACGGAGCUUAUAAUAUAUUUGCUAACGACAGAGAAUCAAUUGGAAACUUGGCCAAGAGCAGCAACUCCGGGCGGCAGGGCAUCUGGGUGUUUGAGAUUGGGAGCCCGGCCACCGCCAGCGGCGUGGUGCCCUCGGACGUGAACCUUGAAGUGGACGACGGGGCAGAGUAUGACGAUGAAGAUUAUGACUCGGUGACACAUCUGGGCCUGGAGGACGUGGGCACCACAUCCUUCCCCUUUGAGGCUCCGAGAAGGGGAGACGCUGGCACGCACAAUGUGCCCAGCGUCCUCUCCCCGCGCCGCCUGACCACUGAGAGACCCCUGGAAGCCCCCACGGAGAGGACCAGGUCUUUCCAGCUGCCGGUGGAGAGGUUUCCCCAGCAGCAGCCGCAGGUCAUAGACGUGGACGAAGUUGAGGAAACAGGAGUUGUUUUCAGCUACAACACGGAUUCCCGCCAGACGUGUGCCAACAACAGACACCAGUGCUCGGUGCACGCCGAGUGCAGGGACUUCGCCACCGGCUUCUGCUGCAGCUGCGUGGCCGGCUACACGGGGAACGGCCGGCAGUGUGUUGCAGAAGGUUCCCCACAGCGAGUUAACGGCAAGGUGAAAGGGAAGGUCUUUGUGGGGAGCAGCCCAGUUCCCAUUGUCUUUGACAACACUGACCUCCACUCCUACGUGGUGAUGAACCACGGGCGCUCCUACACGGCCAUCAGCACCAUUCCCGAGACCGUCGGGUACUCUCUGCUUCCUCUGGCCCCCGUUGGAGGCAUCAUUGGAUGGAUGUUCGCAGUGGAGCAAGGUGGAUUCAAGAAUGGGUUCAGCAUCACAGGGGGCGAGUUCACCCGCCUGGCCGAGGUGACCUUUGUGGGGCACCCGGACAAGCUGGUCAUUAAGCAGCGGUUCAGCGGUAUUGAUGAGCACGGACACCUGACCAUCGACACAGAGCUGGAGGGCCGCGUGCCGCUGAUCCCCUUCGGCUCCUCGGUGCACAUCGAGCCCUACACGGAGCUGUACCACUACUCCCGCCAGGUGAUCACCUCCUCCUCCACCCGGGAGUACACGGUGACGGAGCCCGAGCGGGACGGCGCCGCCCCUUCGCACGUCCACACCUACCAGUGGCGCCAGACCAUCACCUUCCAGGAGUGCGUCCAUGAUGACUCCCGGCCGGCUCUGCCCAGCACCCAGCAGCUCUCGGUGGACAGCGUGUUCGUCCUGUACAACCAGGAGGAGCGGAUCCUGCGCUACGCUCUGAGCAACUCCAUCGGUCCUGUGCGGGACGGCUCCCCUGAUGCCCUUCAGAAUCCUUGCUACAUCGGUACACACGGGUGUGACACCAACGCAGCCUGUCGCCCCGGCCCCGGGACCCAGUUCACCUGCGAGUGUUCCAUUGGCUUCCGGGGAGACGGACGCAUCUGCUACGAUAUCGAUGAGUGUUCGGAACAGCCGUCGGCGUGUGGGAGCCACGCGAUCUGCAACAACCACCCGGGGACCUUCCGCUGCGAGUGCGCGGAGGGCUUCCGGUUUUCAGAGGAGGGAGCGUGUGUGGCCAUCGCGGACCAGCGCCCCAUCAACUACUGCGCGUCUAACCUCCACGAAUGCGACAUCCCCCAGCGGGCCCAGUGCAUCUACCUGGGGGGCUCCUCCUACACCUGCUCCUGCCUGCCCGGCUUCUCCGGGGACGGCCGAGCCUGCCAAGAUGUGGACGAAUGCCAGCCUAGCCGAUGUCACCCAGAUGCCUUCUGCUACAACACUCCAGGCUCCUUCACGUGCCAGUGCAAACCGGGUUAUCAGGGAGAUGGCUUCCGCUGCACUCCUGGAGAAGCGGAGAAAACCCGAUGCCAGCUUGAGCGAGAACACAUCCUCGGGGCGGCGGGGGCGGCGGACCCCCAGAGGCCCCGGCCGCCGGGGCUGUUCGUGCCCGAGUGCGACGAGCACGGGCACUACGCGCCCACCCAGUGCCACGGCAGCACCGGCUACUGCUGGUGCGUGGACCGCGACGGCCGCGAGGUGGAGGGCACCAGGACCAGGCCCGGGAUGAGGCCGCCCUGUCUGAGCACCGUGGCUCCCCCGAUUCACCACGGACCCCCGGUUCCUACCGCCGUGAUCCCCCUGCCCCCCGGGACCCACCUCCUCUUUGCGCAGACGGGGAAGAUAGAACGCGUCCCCCUGGAGGGAAGCACCAUGGUGAAGACCGAGGCCAAGGCGCUGCUUCACGCCCCGGACAAAGUCAUCAUCGGGCUGGCCUUUGACUGUGUGGACAAGAUGGUUUACUGGACCGACAUCAGCGAGCCUUCCAUUGGGAGAGCCAGUCUGCAGGGCGGAGAGCCGACCACCAUCAUCCGGCAAGAUCUCGGAAGCCCAGAAGGCAUCGCUCUUGACCAUCUUGGCCGCAACAUCUUCUGGACGGAUUCUCACCUGGAUCGGAUCGAAGUGGCAAAGCUGGAUGGCUCCCAGCGCCGGGUGCUGUUUGAGACCGAUUUGGUGAAUCCCAGAGGCAUCGUAGCGGAUUCCGUGAGAGGGAACCUUUAUUGGACAGAUUGGAACAGAGACAGCCCCAAAAUUGAAGCUUCCUACAUGGACGGCACACACCGGAGGAUCCUUGUGCAGGACGACCUGGGCUUGCCCAACGGGCUCACCUUUGAUGCCUACUCAUCUCAGCUCUGCUGGGUGGACGCAGGCACCCAUCGGGCCGAAUGCCUGAAGCCCAGUCAGCCCAGCAGACGCACGGUUCUUGAAGGCCUCCAGUAUCCUUUUGCUGUCACGAGCUAUGGGAAGAAUCUGUAUUACACAGACUGGAAGACGAAUUCUGUGGUUGCUGUGGACCUUGCUGUUUCCAAAGAGUCGGACACCUUCCACCCUCACAAGCAGACCCGGCUGUACGGCAUCGCCGCCGCUCUGUCUCAGUGUCCUGAAGGUCACAACUACUGCUCUGUGAACAACGGCGGCUGCACGCACCUCUGCUUGGCCACCCCUGGAGGCAGGACCUGCCGUUGCCCUGACAACACCCUGGGCGUUGACUGUAUUGAGCUGAAGUGAAGUGAAGACCAGGGGGCCGAGUUCCCUCUCCAAGUAUUUCACAGCCACACCCUACUUGAAAGGGUCCAAACUGCCUGACCUGGUGGCUCUGUGGCCACCAAGCCCAGGCCCAACCCAGCCUGUGCCCCAACUGGAAUGGGACAGCCCCUGCCGCUACACAAAGACAGAGACCUCCCUGAUCCCAACCCUCAGACAAGGCCACACAGCCCAAGGGAGGGUCAGAUGCCGUCCCGGCGCUCCAGACCCUUCCCCAGCCUCCACUCCCCGGGCCUGCGCUGCCCCUUCCCAGGGGCCUUGCGAGCUCAGCCUCGCCGAGACGCCCAUCGUCCAGUCAGCUGCUGGACACAGCAGCCAGGAUCGUCUAGGCAAGGCUGUGAGGGAGGCAGGGAGUUAGCCCCCCUUACUUCUCUUGGUGCUCUGGUUUUCCUCUUUAUCCUUCUGACCUUUCACCCUGGAAUCCUGUACCACCCGCACCCUGCCGAAGGCCCACCUUUUAGCGAGCCAGCCUUGCCUUUCGAUCAAAGCCCAGCCUGUCCCAGGGACGCAUGAGCGUUUGGUAGGUCAUACUGAGCAGCCCCUCCCGGGUGCGUCACUGGCAUCUCCACAGUGGCCUUUGGUAGUGAAGGGCUUACAUCACAGGAGCGUCCAGUAGGAAGGAACUGCAAGGUGUCAAGUCAGAUGUUUGAGGAUGGGGAUUCUACUGAUGUGCCUUAAAUGAUACCAAAGAUCACCAAAUUGUCCUCCUUUGUCCAAAGCGCUUAGAUGCCAGCCCCUGGUCUCCUGGGCACCGCAGCCCCACCAUGGCACCUGUGCCCAGCCCCCUCGUGGAGACCCACCCGAGACACGGGCCGGGGCCAGUGGCAGUGACCUCCCCCUGUUGUCCCUCACCUCUGGCCUCCACUCCUGAGAGCCAGUCUGCAGCCAGCCAUGACCCUGCUCCUCCUUUGUCUCCCCUUCUGUCCGUGGCCCUUGCUGUCCGUAUUCUCAGCUGAAGACAUAAUCCAGGAGGGUUAAGUUGGAUAUCUAUAUAUGGCCCCAACCCUUCACUGCUCAUUGGUGUAAUUAAAAGGACCAUUGCCACGUUUCA